GUCAGUCUAAAGGUAACUGUUCUGCCCUUUUAAUAAAUCAUAUAUUGUUUGACCUUCUGUCUUGUAAUGACGUUCUUGGAGGAGGUUGUGAUAAAGACCAAGCGGCGACGAAGUAUAUUACCUGAUACGGUUAGCCCGAGCCUAUUCCAGAUCAGGCAAUAUCUUGCUCUCCCGAAUCUUGUCCGUGCCGACUUCUCCUGCUUCGUCAUGAUCGAGGCAGAUACAGUCUGUUUCUUCAAAUUUUUCUCGCCUAUCAGACCCCCUUCCAUGAGGAAUUAGGUUGAUCUUAUCGAGAUCCACUUCCGCCCCUUGGGUUCUAGAGCUAUGGUCGAUCAAUCCGACACCCCCAAGAUGCUGCAAUAUAAAGGCGAUCCAUGUCUCUCUUUCGUCGGGGCUCCUGGCUGGUAGCAGAUCAGAUCACAACGUCUCGGUAUUUCUCAUAGAGAAUCAAUCCAUCAAGGAGGCCCUCUCCACAAUGCAGCCUUCCCACUCCUCCACUCCAUACCAUCCUUCUGAACGGACCCUCUCUGUAGGGUCCGCCCCUGCGGAUGUCGACAUUCUCGACCUUCCUGUGCGGCAGCUGACGGCCGACGCCAACCUAGCCGAGUACACCACCGAGACGCAAGCCGGGGAGAUUAUCAGGCCUGUCAGGUCCAAGGUCGACGGGCGCUUGGAAGACUGGAAGUUGGUGACGUUCAAGAUCGACGAUCCCGAGAAUCCCAAGAACUGGUCCAAGGCGUUCAAGUGGUACUGUACCAUGGUGGUUGCGUUCACCUGCUUCGUCGUCGCGUUCUGCAGCAGUGUCAUCACGGCAGAUCUCACGGGUGUUGAGACCUCGUUUGGCGUCUCCCGCGAAGUGACAUUCCUCCCUGUCACACUCUUUGUUAUCGGCUUCGGUGUUGGCCCAAUGAUGUUUGCUCCGCUGUCGGAAAUGGUUGGACGUCGCCUGGUCUAUGGAGUCACUUUGCUCCUUGCAGUGAUUUUUAUUAUUCCCUGCGCCGUGGCCGAGAAUAUCGGAACCCUUCUUGUUUGCCGGGCCAUCGAUGGCAUUGCCUUCAGUGCGCCCAUGACUCUCGUCGGAGGUACCUUGGCCGAUCUGUGGAAGAAUGAAGAGAGAGGCGUUCCCAUGGCGGCCUUCAGUGCUGCUCCCUUCAUCGGACCCGCUAUUGGCCCGCUGGUAGGUGGCUUUCUGGCAGAUAACCUGGGCUGGCGCUGGCUCUACUGGAUGCAACUGAUCCUGGCUGGUGUCGCUUGGGUCCUGAUCAGCUUCACCGUCCCGGAGACCUAUGCGCCGACCCUCCUCAAACGGCGGGCGGCAAAGCUGCGCAAGAGUGAGAAUGAUGACAAGUAUGUCACCGAGAUCGAACUUGACCCCAGACCUAUGGGCCAGAGGUUGAAGAUCUUCUUCUUCCGCCCCUUCCAGCUGCUUUUCUUGGAGCCCAUCGUUCUCCUCAUCUCUCUCUACAUGUCUGUCUUGUACGGACUGCUCUACAUGUUCUUCGUUGCAUAUCCGAUCAUCUACCAAGCCGGCAAGGGUUGGAGUGCGUCGAUGACGGGUCUCAUGUUUAUUCCCCUCGCUAUCGGAGUCCUCAUGAGUGCCGCUUGUGCUCCAGUGGUCAACAAACAUUAUCUUUCGCUUGUCGCCAAGUACGGCGGCAAACCCCCCGCCGAGAAGCGCUUGAUUCCGAUGAUGGUGUCCUGCUGGCUCGUUCCGAUCGGCCUCUUCAUCUUUGCCUGGACUUCCUAUCCCCGUCUUCACUGGAUCGGUCCUGCUAUCGGCGGCUGGCCUGUCGGAUUUGGCUUCAUCUUCCUCUACAACUCGGCCAACAAUUAUUUAGUGGACACCUACCAACACCAGGCAGCCUCUGCCCUUGCCGCCAAAACCUUCAUCCGGUCGAUCUGGGGUGCCUGCUGUGUGCUCUUCACUGAGCAGAUGUACGACCGCCUCGGGUACCAGUGGGCAAGCACCCUGCUUGCCUUUAUCGCCUUGGCGUGCUGCGCAAUCCCAUACUUCUUCUACUUCAAGGGCGAGUCUAUUCGCCGCUAUUCAAGAUUCGCCUACAGCGAGGACGAAGAAAAAGGCGAGAAGCUUUAGUGCUAGACAUUUCAUCCAAAAAUCUCUUUUUUCCCUCUUUUCUUCUUUUCUAUUUUUUUUUUUCUUCUUCUUCUCUUUUCCUUUUCCCCUUCAGGUUUUUAGAGCUGGAGUUUGGAUUCCCUCAUGAGUUAUGAGUCUAUAGAUAAUUCGGUAAUUAGAUAUAUAGGCAGCGUCUGCAUAAUACGCUUUGAUUUGAU